CAGCUGGAUUGGCGACAUCAUGUUCUCUGUUAUUCUACUCACUAUCGUUGCUUUCAGUGUUGUUGGUGGAGCAUCAGAGUCCCUUGACUCUAGUGAUGUUCGGCGAGCCUCUCGUAAUGGCAUCGACGGAGGGCUGUCCGUCAGUAACGAUGCUUCACAGCUCGUGCAGUCUGGGAACAACAAUGUCGCUGGACCAAGCAUGGCGGAUUUCCUGUCUCUGCAAAGUGUGCUCGCACAACUGCAGGCUGAAAUGGAAGCCAAAGACCAACUGACUCUGGCCAACAUACAACAGCUUCAGACCGAGAUGGCGGCUAAAGACCAGAGGAUACAGGACCUGGAACAGCGAGACUACGUUGAACGCUGUGAAAGCGGUGACUUGGGAACACCGAGUCACGCGUUCACUUCAGGGAACGGCGAUCGCCACGUCGACCUUACCGCCACGUUCAGCAGGGCCUUCCGUACAACCCCCGUGGUGACUGUGGGCUUGAGGCACGUGGACCACUUUGCAACUGAGAUCCGCGUCUCGGCUACUGUGCAGUCCGUCUCUACAACAAGCCUGACGGUUCGGAUCGGCACCUGGGUCGACUCACGGCUUUACGCUGCCAACGUCUACUGGAUGGCCUGUGCAUGAGAUGUGAAUUUUCCGCCUGGCUUUGG